AUGGAUCCAGAGCUUUUUGAGGCAAUUGAAGUAAAUGACAAGCAGACUUUCAUCAAUUUGGUUCAACACAAUGAAGGAUUUCUCAGUCAAAAAGCUGGUGAAUCCAAAAACACUGUCUUACACCUUGCUGUGAGGUUCGGGCACGUUGAGCUGGUUUCUGAAAUCAUUAAGCUGUCUCCGGACUUGGUUGCAGUUGUGAACAAUAGACAAGAAAGUCCUUUACAUGAAGCUUGUCGGCAAGGGAUAGCCGAUGUUGUAAUGCUGCUGUUAGAGGCCAAUCCUUGGGUGGCUUGUAUGUUUAACUCUGAAAAUCAAACCCCCUUCUACAUAGCUUGCCGUUAUGGGCAUUGUGAUGUGGUGAAGUUGUUCACAGACCUACCACGGGUACGAGAUUUUGAAGGAGAUGGGGAUUCGAGUCCUCUUCACAUGCCCCUGUCACCAGGCCAUGUGGAUAUUAGUACACCACUUUUGAAUGCACUCUCAAGGCUUGCACGGAAGGCUGACAGAAAUGGAUGUUUACCAUUGCAUUUGGCUUGUGAGAAAGGUCACUUGGAGAUAACAAGAAUACUCUUACAGCUUGAUCCAAACCUUGCUCUUGAAAAGAAUCAUUCUCGUUACACGCCGUUACACUUGGCAGCAAUGAAUGGACAAACCGAAAUCCUUGAGGAACUUUGGUCCAGGUCUGCCAGAUCUUUCGAAGUUCUCACCGGAGAGGGAGAAACACUGUUUCAUCUUGCUGCCAUGUCCAAUAGAUACAGUUCCUUUAUCUUUUUGGCACAAUCUCUUAACAGCACCAAUCUCGUCCACCGGCCAGAUGAAUGUGGAAACACCGUCUUGCAUCUAGCAGUCUCUACAAGGAACUUUAGAGAAUUUAGCAUCAUGACGGGGAACCAGCAUGUUAGGUACAUGUUGAAGAGAAUUGGUGACAAAAUGGCACAAACGCCUAUUGAAUUUAACCUGCACCAAAAUGAACAUGAUUACAGAAAUGGUGUAGCCAACAACCAACCAAUGGAAGACUUCACUACAGUACAAGCAGAUAUUAGGCAAUAUGAGAUAUAUAGAGAGGCCCUACAAAAUACCAGGAACACAAUCACACUAGUUGCCGUUUUGAUUGCAUCGGUUACUUUCACCGCUGGCAUAAACCCUCCCGGGGGUGUGUACCAGGAAGGACUACUAAAAGGACAGUCAACAAUUGGAAGAACAACUGCUUUCAAGGUCUUCACAAUAAGCAACACAGCUGCAUUGUUCUUAUCUAUGUGCAUGGUCAUUGUCUUAGUGAGCAUCAUUCCCUUCCGGCGUAAAACACUGAUGAACCUACUGGUAGUUGCUCACAAAGCCAUGUGGGUGGCAGUGUCACUCAUGGCCACAGCUUACAUUGCAUCCACUUGGGUGAUCUUGCCACACAGUCAAGGAACAAAUUGGACCCUUGAGGCUCUCAUAUCUGUAUGUGCAGGGACUAUGGGAUCUGUUUUUCUAUUUCUUGGUGUCACAUUCACUAGACACUGGUUGAGGAAGUUACAGUGGAGGAAAGAGAGAGGUAAGGUUACCAAGGAAAGAUUGGAGAAAAGUGCGCAAAGAAGAGCACAGAAGAGGGCGGAGAAGACAGCAAAGGAAAGAGUGCGGAAAAGAGGAAUGGCGGAGAAGAGAGCAAAGGAAAGUAGAGAGGAAAGUUCGCAAGAAGGAUCAGACGAGCCAAUGUCUAUAAACUCAGACACUGCCAGUGCUCAAGAUUCGGGAUAUCAUACGUACUGA